ACAAAACAUUCGGUAUCCGCCGCUUAGUAUGAAAUAUAUUAUCGCUCGAAAUUUGUUAUAUUAAUAAUUCUCUAUCUAUAGAAAGAAUUAUGACACGUACAAUAAAUCAUCCAAAGUAUAGACAAUUAUGUGCAACGAUAGACGAUGAAAAACAGCGUCAAAUGAUAUUUGAGGUUUAUAUGGAUCUAUCGGAAGUACGUAAAUGGCAUAAUUUAAACAUAAGGAAAUUAAAAGCGAAUCGUUUCGUUGUCACUGGAAAUCCUAUGGCUAGCGCUGCUGAGAAUGCGGUUUAUCCUGUUAGCAGCCAGGAUAAAUUCUCCCUGGGAGAAAUUACAGACUUACUGAGCUCGAUGAAAGAAGAAUUGCAAUCUCCCAUAUUAAUUCUAGCCUUCAUUGAUCAAGAUUCAACUAUAGCCUACUCAAAACUCCAGAAUGGAUUGAAUCCUCCAGAAACACCGAGACAGAUGCAAGACAAAAGAAAAUGGGCCAAGCACAAAUUUGCACGAAGGAAAAAUAAAUUCACUUAA